UACGUCGCCUUCGCCUCKCUCUUCUUCAUCCUCAUCUCCAUCACCACCUUCUGCCUGGAGACGCACGAGGCCUUCAACCGCGUCAUCAACAAGACCGAGACGGUGACCACGGGCAACGAGACGGGCACCCAGGUGGCCGUGGAGGUGGAGACCGAGCCUUUCCUCACCUACGUGGAAGGCCUUUGCGUGGUGUGGUUCACCUUCGAGUUCCUGAUGCGCGUCAGCUUCUGCCCGGACAAACGCGACUUCAUCAAGAGCAGCCUCAACAUCAUCGACUUCGUGGCCAUCUUGCCUUUCUACCUGGAGGUCGGGCUGCGCGGGCUCUCCUCCAAAGCGGCCAAGGACGUGCUGGGCUUCCUGCGCGUGGUGCGCUUCGUCCGCAUCCUGCGCAUCUUCAAGCUGACGCGGCACUUUGUGGGGCUGCGCGUGCUGGGCCACACGCUGCGCGCCAGCACCAACGAGUUCCUGCUGCUCGUCAUCUUCCUGGCCCUGGGCGUGCUCAUCUUCGCCACCAUGAUCUACUACGCCGAGCGCAUCGGCGCCGACCCCGACGACGUCACCGGCAGCCGCCACACUUAUUUUAAAAACAUCCCCAUCGGUUUUUGGUGGGCUGUSGUCACCAUGACCACGCUGGGUUACGGUGACAUGUACCCCAUGACGUGGUCCGGCAUGCUGGUGGGCGCCCUGUGCGCCCUGGCCGGAGUGCUGACCAUCGCCAUGCCCGUGCCCGUCAUCGUUAACAAUUUCGGCAUGUAUUACUCGCUGGCCAUGGCCAAACAGAAGCUGCCCAAGAAAAAGAACAAACACAUCCCCAGACCGCCCCAGCCCGGCUCUCCCGGGUACGGCUCGCCCGGUUCCAACGCCCCCGGCAGCCCCCGCGCCACCCGCAGGGCCCCGGCCUGUCCCCUGGCUCAGGAGGAGGUGGUGGAGAUCAACCGGGCCG